GGCGGUCCGUGUGUGUCUGUGUUGUUGUUCGGCGGCAGCGGCGGCGGCGGUAAGAUGGCUGCCCACGGGGGCUCCGCGGCGUCCUCGGCGCUGAAGGGGUUAAUUCAGCAGUUCACCGCCAUCACCGGUGCAAGCGAAAGUGUAGGGAAACAUAUGCUCGAAGCCUGCAACAAUAAUCUGGAGAUGGCAGUCACUAUGUUUUUGGAUGGUGGAGGAAUUGCUGAAGAGCCCAGUACCAGUUCAGCAAGUGUCUCCACAGUCAGACCACACACAGAAGAAGAAGUUCGUGCCCCAAUUCCUCAGAAACAGGAAAUAUUGGUGGAACCAGAACCUUUGUUUGGUGCUCCUAAAAGACGACGGCCUGCACGUUCAAUAUUUGAUGGUUUCCGAGAUUUCCAGACUGAAACUAUUCGGCAAGAACAGGAAUUAAGAAAUGGAGGAGCAAUAGAUAAGAAACUAACUACCCUUGCAGAUCUCUUCCGGCCACCCAUUGAUUUGAUGCAUAAAGGCAGCUUUGAAACAGCCAAAGAGUGCGGCCAGAUGCAAAAUAAGUGGCUAAUGAUAAACAUUCAAAAUGUACAAGACUUUGCAUGCCAGUGCCUCAACCGUGAUGUAUGGAGCAAUGAAGCUGUGAAGAAUAUUAUCCGGGAACAUUUCAUUUUCUGGCAGGUUUAUCAUGACAGUGAGGAAGGUCAGAGAUACAUACAGUUUUAUAAGCUGGGGGAUUUCCCCUAUGUUUCCAUCCUGGAUCCACGGACAGGUCAGAAGCUAGUAGAGUGGCACCAAUUAGAUGUAUCUUCUUUCUUGGAUCAAGUGACAGGAUUUCUGGGUGAACAUGGCCAACUGGAUGGACUUUCUAGCAGUCCCCCCAAAAAAUGUGCCCGUUCAGAGAGCCUUAUAGAUGCAAGUGAAGACAGCCAGCUAGAAGCUGCCAUCAGAGCCUCCUUGCAAGAGACACACUUUGAUUCAACACAGACAAAACAGGAUAGCCGCUCAGAUGAAGAAUCUGAAUCUGAACUUUUUUCUGGCAGUGAGGAGUUCAUAUCCGUUUGUGGCUCUGAUGAAGAAGAGGAGAUAGAGAAUCUUGCCAAGUCCAGAAAAUCUCCCCACAAAGAUUUGGGGCAUAGAAAAGAGGAGAACAGAAGGCCACUAACUGAACCCCCAGCCAGAACUGAGCCUGGAGCAGCCACAAACCACCAAGGAUUGCCAGCCGUGGAUUCAGAAAUAUUGGAGAUGUCACCUGAAAAAUCAGAUGGAAUAGUGGAGGGCAUAGAUGUAAAUGGACCAAAAGCACAGCUGAUGUUGCGGUAUCCAGAUGGAAAAAGGGAACAGAUCACUCUUCCAGAGCAAGCUAAACUGUUGGCUUUGGUGAAGCACGUCCAGUCUAAAGGAUAUCCAAAUGAACGUUUUGAACUUCUCACCAACUUCCCUCGAAGGAAACUCUCUCAUCUGGACUAUGACAUUACAUUACAGGAGGCAGGCCUUUGUCCUCAAGAGACUGUCUUUGUACAGGAAAGAAAUUAACAUCAUGGCCUGACCUCUCUCAGUUUACCCCUUUUUUCCCUUUCCUGUGAGAUACCAUGUCACUAAGUAUGCAUUUUGGCUCAUAGGACCAUAGAGCCAAAGUUGGGCAAGCAAGUCACCUGCCUUCUCUUUUAUUUCUCGCUCUCUCCUAUAUUCAGUCUAUUUUCCCCCUCCCCCCACCUUUUCAGUCCUCUUCUAUUUUCUUCUUUUUCCUACUAUUCUUUCUUUCUUACCUAAUCUGGUGACCAAAUGGAAGUGUAAGGAUUAGACCUCCUAGUACUGGCAGCAGGAAAUGUGUGUUCCAAUAAGUGGUCUCUUGCACGGCACUUUUUUGGGAUCAAAUGAUAAUGUUACUCCUCAGAUCCUUUGGUAAAGGAAUGGCUAGAUUCAGAAUAAGAACAACCUCCUUUUUUUGUAAGCCCCAUUUUUGGUAGGGAAAAGAAACUCUAUAACACAUGUUUUGUUUUGUUGUUCAUGUAAGAAAUAUCACGUGACAAAAUAUCCAGGCUUCCGUUUACAUGGAAAAAGCAUCCCUUAUAAUUAUUGCUCAUCAUAUUUAAAAUUUUUUUCAACGGAUUCCCAUGUUCCCAGCUAGAAUUAUUUCCAUGGUAUGUGUUAUUGGCAGAAUGAGUGUUAAAUGUAGGGUGAGUAGCAUGGGGUGGCUUUCAAUAUCCUAGCCUGAAACAGCUUUCUUCAUUAUUACUUUAUAAACUGUAUUGAUCCUGCUAGUCCUGAAAGGGACAUUUAGUGAGGCUCUUGUGGUGAUUAGAAUAGGAAGGUGCUUGCUGUUUUUGCCAGUACAGCAUACUAGUUCCCUUGGCCCUUCCAUUGUUUGGGUCCACAAGUGAUCAAUGGGAAGGCAGCUGUUCAAUAAUCAUGCAGUCCAGUGGCUUGUAGUUGUAACCACUAUGGUUAUUGAUCGUCCUAUGGGCUUUAAGGCAUACUUAUGUAUGUCCUGGGGGGAAAAAGAAGAUGAUGCAGCUGAGAGUUGCUAACCAUGUUCCUGUGGUUAGAAUGAUUCAUUUUUUUUUUACCCCCGGUUGGAAUAGUUUCUAAAAGGCUCUGGUGACUGAAUGAGCUUAAAUUCCUCUACUGUUUUCUUGCAAAAGGUAUCAAAACUGAAAGCCUCUGUAAGGGGAAGACCUUUAAAUUCAAUUUAUAAGACAACAUUUAGUAAGGGAGGUGGAGAAGAUUAUCAGCAGUCUUCAGAUGUUGUGGGGUUUUUCUGCCAACAAAAGCCACAUUCAAAAUGUAGUUGGUGAAAGCUUUUUUCCGUAUUACUUAGAAGAGGCCAUCUUGAAUCUAUGUAAUACUGUUUGACUUAGCACCUUCACUGUAUGCUCAAUUCUUAUUUUGAGCUUUAGGGUCCUCUGAAGGGGUAGUAAUGAUUCUGGUGGCAAAAUCAGAAUUUUAACCUUGUUAUAUAGAAUGGGCCUAUUUUGUCAAUUGGGGAUUUGGAUCGAUCGAUUCUUCUACUUGAGGAACAUAAAUUGCUAUUGCUCAGAGACCUUUAGGUUCCCAUCUACUUUAAGAUCACUCUCUUGGCAACUAGGGGAUUAAAAAAAAAAGAUGCUCAUGUGUUGCUAGUACACAAUUAGAGAAUAUGGUUUCUAAUGGUUGGAUUUAGAGGGAUCCUUCCUAAAGAAUGAGUUAUGUAUCUCCUCAAGGAAAUCAUGGAAAAUUCUGUUUAUUCUUCAGUGAGUCCUUUUGAAUUAAUGUUCUUACAUUUUUUUCUAAGUCUGUGU